AUGCCCAACAAUAACCAGGCAUCAUCUUCAUCACAACAGACGAUUCCAAUCGGAAGAACACUCAAUCCGGAGAUGAUUGCUUGUCUGGAGGAGGAACUACAAAGAUGCUCCAAAAACACAAGGAAUAAUGGUGCCAAGCAUUAUGUUUUGGGGUUACGGAAGGCAAUAUCUUCCUUGGAAAAGUAUCCAAAGAAAUUGUAUAAUGGAAAUGAAGCUAAAACUCUGAAGGGAAUUGGAGAUAAGAUGGCCUAUAGAAUUGAUAAAUAUUUGAAGGAUAAUAAUAUUGAUUUGGGGACUCCACCUCCGAAUGCUGGAAAUAAUAGUAAUCAUAAUAAUAAUAAUGGAGGUGAAACAGAUGGACAAUCUGUGUCACAAGAUGAAUCGAAUAAUGAUCAAACAGCAAAGAAGAGGAAAAGAACAAAUAGAAAAUACAUUCCGAAAUUUAAAACUGCUGCCUGGGCGAUUAUGAUAUCACUGUACAGACAUAUUAAGAGUAGUGAAAAGGAUUAUGCUACAAAAACACAAUUGAUUGCUCUAUGUGAAACACUGACUGAUGUACCUAUGGAACAAUCAACCAAUGCAUCUAAAUAUACUGGCUGGAGCUCAAUGAAAACUCUAAUGGAAAAAGAAUUGAUAACCUCAGAGAAGAAGGGAAGAUCGAAUGGUUUCAUGCUCACUCCUAGAGGUAGAAAACUGGCAAGAAAACUUCACACAGCUGAGAAGGAAGUAUCUGAACUUGAGUUUGAAUGGGAAGAAUCAGAGGAGGAAAUGUCAUCUGAAGAGGAACCAGAAGAACCAAAAGAAAAACCAAAAAAGAAAAAGAAACAACCAGUUAGCUCAGCAGAAUCAGAGUCUCUUUCAAACUUUGAAGCAAGUCAAUCCAGCCAACAAUCAGACAGUGAAAUAAUUAGUCGUAGUUAUGAUUCCGAUCCAGAGCUAUGUGAAGAUAUAUUCACUCAACUUGGAUUUUCACAAAGAAAAAACAAUCCACCAUCAAUAACCAAUGAACUCUCUCAAUCAUCACAAACAAGCUAUAGUGAGCUUAGUGAUGACGAUGAUGAUAUUCUACUCCACGAGAAAGACGCCUCCCCAAAGCCCUCCAUAUCAUCCAAUACUUCAUCUCAGAAUCCUGUAUAUAUGAUCCUUUCAGAUGAUGAAGAUGAGGAUGUUGCAUUUGAUUAUAGUAAGCUUCCUCUCAAAUUCAGCUAUAUGGACAAACUAGAUAAACCGGUCAAUCGAAUAGAGGAUGCCAAGUUUCAUUUCAGUACUUCAGCUGGUGAAAUAAGAAUCAAGGUUCUACUCAAAAGUCCUUUGAAAAAUGAAGAGACCCUUGCUGAUCUAUUUGAUGAAAUAAUCGAAAAGAAGCGUGUAAAUAAUGAACUAACAGUCACUGGCUUCAUAAAGGAGUCGAGAUGUGUACCUUAUGCGAGCAAUUUAGCUAAAAAUCUGAUUAUUGAUCCAGCUAUUUUCAAAUUCUAUUCAACAAAUGAGAUUGAGAACACUAGCAACAAGAAGAAAUCAUCAAAGGAUAAUAUCAGUAGUGCUACCAUAUUUAAUACAGAUUUACAGACAUGUAAUCCUAUUGAGCGCGCACCAUCCAGAGCCAUCCAGCCAUCCAAGCCAACCGUUGUACCUCUCGAUAUUGAACUAAGUGAUGACGAAGAUGUAACACUUGAGAAACCAGUCACUCAGAAAAAAACAAAGAAAAAGAAACACCUAGCCGAAUCUUCAGAACCCUCUUCCUCCCAACAACAAACACAAUAUCGACCAGCAAUUCCUGUGCCUAGACCAAGAGAAAUGAUGAGAUCUAUAGAUUUUUCAAUGCCACCACCAUCCUUUGUUCCAGCCAGAAGUCUUGUUACUAACAACCAAAUUAGCUCGUCCUCUACCUCCACAGCAAGUACAUCAAGUAGUUCUCAAUCCAUACCGAAUAGCACCCAAAUUACCACCUCUAACCACAUACCAACGAAUCCAGUAAUUCUCCAAUCCAAUAGACAACCCAAGACAAUUGUAAACCUAAAGAGCUUUUUAGAAAAUCCAGAACCUAAUCCCUCCUUCGCCUUUUCAGCUGCUGACAGCAAUACUACCUCCACAAAAUCAAAUGAUUUACCAAAAGUACCUUACAAGAUUCACCUUAUUAUAGAUCAAAGAGAGAGAACAGGACAUAAUGAUAGAAAAUCAUUCUGUGACACACUUAAAAAACGAGGUGUAGAUGCACUGAUUUCACAACUUGGAAUGGGAGAUGUUAUUUGGACACUCACAACUGAAGAGAGAUCAUAUGUGUUGAAUUAUGUUUUGGAGAGAAAGGAUAUUAAUGAUCUAGCUGGAAGUAUUAAGGAUGGAAGAUAUAAGGAACAAAAAUUCAGAAUGAACAAUUCUAAUUGUUCCAAUAUUUUUUAUUUGAUUGAAAGAGGUUUCAAACACCAAGAUCAACUCUCUCAGUCUUCACUUGAAACCUCCAUUAGAAAGAUUUUAACAGAUGGCAUUUGUGUAAAACAUACUGCAUCAUUGGAAGCAUCCAUUAAUUUUCUUGUCAUCAUGAACUCUCUCAUUAUAGAAUUAGUUGAAAGAGAUGGCCUUACACCACACCAACUACUCAUUCCACACGAAAUUACUGGCGAAAUGUACAAUCCCUCACUCGAACAGUACAAUGUUCUUUUCAAAAAGAAUAAUGACAUUUCCAAGAAUGAAUUAUUUGGCAGACAGCUCACUACCAUCCAAGGUGUAUCCUCUCAAAUAGCAGAAUCAAUCAUUAAGAAACAUCCAACACCAACCUCCCUGUGUCAAGUCUUUCUGGACUCAUCAACACCUCAUGACCUGGCUCUGAAAAACUUUGCCAUCGAAUCAUCAGUUGAAGGUGUUUGCACUCGUAAAAUUGGAGCGAAACUCUCCCAGAAAAUUUAUCAAUACUUUUUCCAAGAUUAA